CAUCUGAAAAAAACAGACUCAGUGUGCAAAGACCGUAAGUUAAUUGGACCUAGCAGCUAACAAGAACUAGAAGCUAACUCUCAGUCAGCUGGAUCCCUACAGAGACAGAGCUUUGUGCUGAAGAAUAGAGAUCUAGAAACAGUCCUGAAAUCACCGUCACCAAAUCCACCAGACUCCAUUUAAAUCAGCAGUCAUGUUAGUGUGUAUAGAGGCAGCAUGUUGUCACAGCUAACUGGUGAGUUAAGGGUUAAUUUAAACCAAACCAGAGCUGGUGAUUGUUGGAACAGAGACAAACCAAGAUGGUUUUUGUGAGUCUUAUUUUGUUUCUGUCGACUCUGAAUGAAGUGUGUUUGACAAUGAUAUAUUUACUGUUUAUUUAAAUGGAGUUUGGUGGGUUUGGUGACGGUGAUUUCAGGACUGUUUCUGGAUCUGACUCUUUAACAAAUCAAUCAAUCAAUUUUAUUUAUAAAGGCCAAUAUCACAAAUCACAAUUUGCCUCACAGGGCUUUACAGCAUACGACAUCCCUCUGUCACCACCCUCAUAAGACAAUCCACUAACCAAGUAUUGUCUUAUGAGGGUGGUGGGUGUACACCUCCACAGAGGUUAAAAACCUGAGUCUUACUCCACUGUUUGUCAGACUAGUGAGGCGUUGAGAACUGAUGAAGCCGCUUGGAUAAGAGGCGAAACGUCUUCUAGACAAAAUCAAAGUCCAGUUGCCUUCGAUUGUAUUGUUGCCAGAAUGGAUUUGACCUGGAUAAAUGAGAAUAUCCACAGACUUAUCCUUUCAUAAUGUUGUCAGACACUGAGGAAACCACUCUGAGCCUGUCAGUGACAAAAACAAACACUUUUAGUGGACGGACACUGAGGAGAGUGGUGACAUCACUGCUGUCUGUACCGGACCAGUCUCAGAAUCUACUGUUCCCAUUUCAGUCCUGCAGACACAAAAACAUGAGCAUGAACAGAGUCCAGGUUUAAAACACCAGCGUUAGCCUUUAAGGUAAAAAAGAAGAAGAAAAAGUUGUUGCUUUUCUGAAAAGUCCUGCGGUCUGUACUUUAAACAAAGAUCUGAUGAGCACACUGAGAGGAGGUAAAUAAUAGACUGACAAAACUGUAAAUAUGGAGACAUUAAACAUUCUGACGUGUGUACUAAUAAACGUGACUAAAACUAUUAAAACAUGUGACAGACCUUCUGUUUGUCAGGAAGAAUAAAAUGAAGAAGAAAUAAAAACGGGAGAAACACGCGUGUGUCGGUGUGAGAGUUGCGGGUUUGAUUCCCGCAGGAUCAAAGCCUCCAGAUGUCACGCUAAUGUACAUUUAUGUAUUUAGGUUAUUUCUGUAUUUAGGUUGCUGACAGAGGCUCCGCUGACUGACAGGCCCGCCGUCCAAUGGGAGCGCGGCUCGGCUCUCCUGCGGGGCUGUGAUUGGUCGGCGCGGUGACAGAGGGGCGGGGCUGUGAGAUUACAGCAGCAUCUCUCUCUCUGCAGAUCCAGCGGACAUCUGGAGCUGCCCUGCCCGGGAAUCAAACCUCCGAGCUCCGAGCACCGACAUCCCGCACCGAGCCUGUCCGGGUUUCGCUGUCUGUUUCCCGGUGAAAACGUCUCCGGGCUCCGGUGUUGUUGUCGCGGCUCUCCAGGCUGGAUCUCCGCCGGGAGGCUGCAGCGCUCCGGAGGGACGGACGGACCGUUUCUGCCGGUAAAAACACGGAACUACGAAUAAAACCCGGGAGGGGGGGUGAUGGACUGAAGUGAUCCGACAUCUGAGAGGGUUUUAGGCCCAAUGGAAGCUGCGACACAUCCGGACCCGGUGCGUCUGGAUCCCGGUUCCCGCUCCAGUCUGGACUGAGGACUCGUGUUUGUCUCUCGGGAUCUGAAAUAAUUUCUCUUCUUACAGUUUUUCAGUUUUGAUCUUUGCUCUGAUAAACGGUCCUGAUUGAGAGUUUGAGGGUGCAGGCGGAUCCUCCUCCUCCUCCUCCUCCUCCUCCUCCUGCUGGUCUGGAUUAGAGCCCAUCAGGAUCAUGAAUCAUCCCCCCUCUGCUCCUCUAAUCUGGGCUUUACCGAGCUGGAUUUAAAUCUGAGAUCUGAUCUGGAUUACUCUGCUCCUGGAUCUGAUCGGGUCACAUCUGACCCGGUCUGACCCGUCCCUGGUCCUGGUCUUGGAGGGAUCUUGGACUCGGUGCUGGCCCUCUUGGUCCUGGUUUUGGGGAGUUCUGCUGUCACCAUGCCGACGUCCCGGCCUGGUUCGGCGCCGGUGGAGUUCUGGGUGGACGGGUCGAGGCGGGACGGGGCCGUGGAGGAGUUCUACACCCUGAGCUCCGAGCUGGGCAGAGGAGCGACAUCCAUUGUGUAUCGCUGUGAGGAGAAACAGACUCAGAAACCCUACGCUCUCAAAGUCCUCAAGAAAACGAUUGACAAGAAAAUAGUUCGUACAGAGAUCGGCGUCCUGCUGCGUCUGUCGCACCCAAACAUUAUCCAGCUGAAGGAGAUCUUUGAGACGGACACUGACAUCGCUCUGGUGCUGGAGCUGGUGACGGGAGGAGAGCUGUUUGACAGGAUUGUGGAGCGAGGUUACUACAGCGAGCGAGAUGCCGCUCACGUCAUCAAACAGAUCCUGGAGGCCGUGGCGUAUCUCCAUGAGAACGGGGUUGUGCAUCGAGACCUCAAACCGGAGAACCUGCUGUACGCCGACCUGUCACUGGACGCUCCGCUGAAGAUCGCCGACUUCGGUCUGUCCAAAAUCAUCGAUGAUCAGGUGACCAUGAAGACCGUCUGUGGUACGCCAGGGUACUGCGCUCCAGAGAUCCUGCGGGGAAAUGCUUACGGCCCUGAGGUGGACAUGUGGUCGGUGGGCGUCAUCCUCUACAUCCUACUCUGUGGGUUCGAGCCCUUCUUUGACCCGAGGGGGGAUCAGUACAUGUACAGCCGCAUCCUCAACUGCGACUAUGAGUUUGUGUCUCCGUGGUGGGACGACGUCUCCCUCAACGCCAAGGAUCUGGUCAGUAAGCUGAUCGUCCUCGACCCUCACAAGCGCCUCAGUGUCCGGGAGGCCCUGCAGCACCCCUGGGUGCUGGGCAAAGCUGCACGCUUCUCCCACAUGGACACCGCCCAGAGGAAACUACAGGAGUUCAACGCUCGACGCAAACUUAAGGCUGCCAUGAAGGCCGUCGUAGCCACCAGUCGGAUGCACGAGGGCUCACGGCGUCGCACCGACAGCUGUGAGAUUCCAGGCUCAGGUGCUUCCAGGCAGAGCAGCAUGCAGCAGGACCCGCCUCCUGAGUCGACAAGCCCCAUCCCCGCAGACAAAGAGACCCUGCCCCCAGGUCAGCAGCAGGAGGACCAAUCAAAGCCCACCGACCGCAGUGCUGUCCGCCCUUCCCCUCCACGCAGCCCCAAACCACCCAGCUCUGACGUCACGCCCACAGGCCCCGCCCCCACCAGACCGCCGCUGCGGGCCGAUGGGCUCCGACAGGCGUCCGUCGUUCCCAAAACAAUGCCGGUCCAACCCCGACUGCCGCAGAAGAGCUGCUCUGUGGUAGAGCCCACCUCCAGGGUCGAGGCUACGCCCGCGGUGGCCACGCCUCCAAGUCCCAACAGCCUCAGCAACGGCUUUACACCGGGGGUGGAGCCUGCAAGUAAGACCGCCCACUGCCAGUGAUCACCUGACCAACAGAGCAGAGACGCUCCACUCUGCUUCGGUUUCUCACAGCCACUAAAAUAUUGAGGUUUAGCCUUCGAUUCUUUACAAACGUCUGACAUCAUUUAUCGGGACCAAACGAAACAAACUAACAUGUAACGUCUAACUUCCAUGUCUGUAGCUUUGCUGCUACGCUAACAUGCUAACAGCUGCAUACUCACUGAGGGUUUGUUUUGGGUGUUUCUGCAGCCUGGACGGCGCUUCUGGUUUCCAGUGUGACGGCUGGAGACGAUUCAGGAUCUGAAAAACAGAGUGUUUGUCCCACAUCAGGAUUUUACCGUUAUUUAAUCUGCUCUGUUCUCGUUACUGUGGUGAGAAAAAAAACCACAGGCAUGUUCAGAUGAUCCCCUUCACAGAUCUUUAUAUGGACAAAUCAUUUCAACAUCAUUAAGAUUUUCCUACGGACUGUUCUUAAUCUAUCAGAGGAGGGGGUGGCUGGGAUGUUUGUUUGUUUGCUUUUGUUUUUUGUCCCUCUCCAAAGCUACAGAUAUUUUUCCUUGAACUUCCCCUUCGAUGUUUGCAAGUUAAAAGUUGAAGACAAAAUCAUGGAAUUGAAAAAAGCCUCGGAUUUUCACUCUCGUCAUGCACGCUGGUUAGUACGUGUAAUACAAACCGGCCUGUGGGCAGGUUUGGAAGGCAUCUUUUCUUUAAAAUUCAGCGGUAAAUUAAAUAGAAUACUCCAAUUUAAAUCUGUAUGCCCCUCCCCUAACCAAAAAUAAAACCAUACGCCCCUCCCUACUGAUUAAAAAGUCAUUUGACAUAUUUACCAAUUUUUGCACAAAACAGCAUCUUCCACAAAAACAAACUCUUUUUGCCUUUCAUUAAAUACUUUUUAGAUCAGCAAAAUUCUUCUUUUCUAGCUGCAAGCGAAACAUCCUUUUUUCGUCAUUAAUGUUUUUAUGGAUGUGGUGUUAUGUCUCUAACAUUAGAUUUAAUAAUCAGAUUCAGUCUUUUCAUCUGGUCAGUUAGUCUCGUGCCUGGAGAGUUAUGGCGCAAAACAUUUUCUCUUAUAAAAUUAAUCAGUAAUUAUCUAAAGGCUUAAACCAGUCUUUAUCACCUAACGUGUAAUUUAUUGUUAUAAUCUAAUGUCACAAACCACAGACAACAAUGAAAACAGACAUUGACUCUAUCGCUAACCCUCGCUACUUUAGCAUCUCUAAGCUAACAUGCUAGGUCAUACUGUGGGUCAACAAAAGAACUUUCUGGGUUCCUGUGUUGACCUGAAACAUGAUUAAAACACUGUUUCUGCAGCUGUAGAAUACGCCUGCAUCUAUUUUAUUAAACACAUUAAAACAAAAGCACUUAAAACAUCAAAAUUAGAAGCUUGUAGAGCGGCUGUGCAGCACGAGCACAUACUCUCUGAAGAUGGAUUGAUAAAGUUUUGACUUGUGUGACAGGUUAAUUUGACACUCCGCCUCCUAAUGAUUAAAUCAGACCUCUCAUGAACCAUCACGGUACAGCUGGGUGUGUUUACGUGGUUAUGAAUAACCUGUGUAUUAUCGGGUUACUUAUUUAUGUCCUUAAACAUGUAAACACCUUAUUGUGUUUAUAAGAAACCGGACAUGUUAGCCGAGCACUCAAAGAGAAACCAGGAAGUAUACGGGGAGUGUGAAUGACCUGGUUUCUCUGUGCUCACGUAAACACCAUAUCUGAACAUGAUCGUAACCAGAAUAAUCCUCAUUAUCAGGUUCUUCAUGUCCAUUUCAUCACACUAGAGGACUUCUUACAGGACUUUCAUUUUUGUGCCAUAACAACAUAAUUGUCUACUGUACCAAUUUAUUUCUCCCAACAGUGUGUUGGUUUAUGCGUCAUCGUCCUGCACGCUAAACUCAUGCCCAAAUAUUUUUUAACUCUGCAGUUAAUUGACUUUGUUCUGAACAGAGUGUCGUCCCCUACUCCUCACAUCACAGCAAAACGUGUCUCUUGCUGUGUUUGGCUGCUUUUUACCACAGUAACAGUACAAAUGUAUAAAUUAGCAUGUUUGCGACCAAACUGAAGCGUCGAUUCAUACGUUUAUCUGAAUCAUGACGACCACAUUCACACCUGCUGUUACAGGAUAAUUAGGGUGUCUUUCAACCACAGCUUUAUUCUGAUAAUUGUGUCCAUUCUAAAUACCGUAAAACUUUGAUUAGACGCGCCAUGCUAUUAUUCGCUGAAAUCCCUGAAGUCAACAGGCCUUUGUUUGGGACAGGCAUGAAUCAUUCAUUCAUUGAUCGAGCUCCGACAGACAGAGUUACAACACUUGUUUUGCAGCACACCAACACAACACCACUUUACACCACAACACCACUUUAUACCACAACACCUGUUAAAACAAUCCUCACAACUUGGAUUCAUCCAUCCAUCGAUUUUCAUCCGCUUAUCCGGGGCCGGGUCUCGGGGGCAGCAGGCCAAGCAAAGCACCCAGACAUCCCUCUCCCCGGCAACACUUUCCAGCUCCUCCUGGAGGACCCCGAGGCGUUCCCAUGCCAGACGAGAUAUGUAAUCCCUCCAGCACGUUUAAAUUGUUUUAUACCCAUUCAAGUUAGCAGAGCACUAAACAGGAAGUUAGCCAGUCGGCCGCUGUAACUCACUGGUGCACUAUGGGCCCAAAAGAUGCGAGUAAUGCCAUAUUACAGAAAUAUACCUUUUUUUUGGCUUAAUGCGCCACUGAACAACUUUCAUAGGAAUGUACAAGGCCCCGCCUCCAACGCUGUUUCCAGGGCUCUUUACACAUCCAUGGAUUAUAGAGACGAGACGAACUUCACAUUGGUCACAAACUUGCAGUUCAGCCCUGAAAACAGACCAGAGAUCAGUUUGGUUUGUAGUUUACUGCCACUUUUUUCACGUUCUUUGACAGUGAGAUGUUCAGAUGGAAGGGCGGCGCCGUGAUGCAGUGGUUAGCACUGUCGCCUCACAGUAAAAGGGGUCCAGGUUUGAACCGGCCGGCCAGCUGGAGCCCUUCAGUGUGGCGCUUGCAUGUUCUCCCUGUGUCAGCGUGGGUUUCAUGCGUGACACCCAACAAGAUAGUGCUGGCAGAGCAUGAAUGAAUGGUCAGGAUGGGGUUAAGCUAGCUUAGCAUAAAGACUGGAGGCGGAGGGAAACAGCUAGCCUGGCUCUGUCACCUACAACAGCUCUGAAGCUCAACGAGUUGUUUCAUCUGCAUGUAAAACAGUUAAAACAGGUGCUGGGCGGAUGGAUACACUGCUGUUCGUCUAGAAAUAGUUCCUAAUUCUGACACUCCACUUCACGAACAUCUCUCUGUCAAACAGAAACACUGAAGAGAAUUUAUUCCUCAAUAUUCUGAUCUGGGACAAACACUGAUUCUUCUUCUUUGGUACAGAAGGUGACUUUUUCCUCGGACGCUCAGGACGGAGCUGAUUGAUUGUAUUUUAUUAAACUUUAUUGAACAGCUGUGCAUGGACACUCUGAUGUGAAGGCAAAGAGAGAAAGAGCAGCUUCUUCCUCUAUCGGGUUUCUCUUCUUCUUCUUUCUCUUCUUCUUCUUCUUCUUCUUCUUUCUCUUCUUCUUCCUCUUCUUCUUCUUCUUCUUCUUCUUCUUUCUCUUCUUCUUCUUCUUCUUUUGCGUCUCUUUCAGUGUCGGAGCAUGUGGCGCCGCCUCAGACGGACUCGGUCUGAAGAGACAAUUUGCUUUGACUUUUUUAACCCUUUCUACUCUUUACUGUUGACUGCAGUUGUUUGAGUAGAUAGACCCACUGUGUAGUUCAGUGACGUGUUGUGUUCGUGAGCUUCUAGUAAAACGCAGUGUUGUUUACACUUUUAUCAGCAGUGAUGGUGAUGAUGAUGAUGAUGAUGAUGAUCUCCUGUUUGCACUGUACAUAGUUUGGUUUUAGGUUAAUACCGACAUCUUUAGCACUCGACCAGAGACACAGUCGAUGAUCAGACCUCCCCAAAAAAAACACCAAAUUUGACCUUUGACCUUAAAUUAAACCAUCUGAUCUGAAACCACACGUUCUACCUCUCUCUGUACAGGGGCUUCCAAAAUGAUCCAAAACAAGGUGCAAACGUCUCUGGAAAGAAAUUAAUGAUAAUAAUCUGACGCCACUCUGAAAGACACACAAAUGUACGGUGGCCAGGACGGACCAAACAGGACAGAAGCAAACACCCUGCUCAGUUCACAGAGGGUGACGGUCACAGAUUUAUGAAUCAGUGGGAAUCAGUCCUAACUGACUGAAAACUGUCAGAGUGACGUAUUUAUACUGCGGUCACCAGUCACGCCACCAUGACAGCACUUUAUAGUGGACACCAACAGCAGUGAAAAAACAGGUGACCCAUGUACAACAGCUGUGGGUUCAAUUCCAGCCUGCUGGUUGACUGCUGCCUCCAUCAGUCAGUCAGUGUGUUUGUGUCACUGUGUGACUUUGGUGUUUAAAGGGUUAAUGCAGAUUCAACAAAGUCACACAGUGACACAAACACACUGACUGAUGGAGGCAGCAGUCGACCAGCAGCUCCUGAGUUCACUGGUGUUAAAUCACUGGUUUUCUCAGGGGAGUCUGGCUGUGACGAGAGCAGAGAUGGGAACUGAAGCAUUUAACAGUUUCCCCGUUGAAACAGUCAGUCUGACAUGAAGGUGAAGCAGUGAAAAUAUUCUAAAUACAUCGUACACUUAAACUGAUGGUUCUUUUAGGCGUCUGAAACAGAUUUUGUUGCUGACUCCGCCCACUGCAGGACAUUGCUGAGCUUCCAUGUCAGACUCCAAACUGCUGACUGACACCUGCUGUAGGUCACACACUGACUGUGGAUCAGUGCCUCACACAGCCCCAGAGCCUCGAGUACAGUGACAUAUUGCUGUUGUUCCUCUGUGCUGGUCGGCUUUCUGUUUCUUCCUCUGACAUGUAACAUCAGACUACAACACUCAAGACCAGAAGAAGUUCAUCUUCAGUACCUUCAGUACUGGAGGAAAACUAGUACCACCAUGUUUGCAGAACUUUUAGUGACGUUUAACUAAAAGCUUCAACGACAAACUGCGACUUGAAUUAUUAUCUUUUAAAUUCACAUGCAUUAUCUGUGUAACUGUAAGGAUCAAAAUAUUAUUUAUCUCUUCACAUAUUAAUUUCCAAAGUCAGGUCCCACUGGGGACACCUGAAGGGGAGGGGCUUCACCUCUGUAUAACUGCAGUAACUCACCUGAGGUGUUUAUUUACCUGCACACAUACAACCUGCCGCUGCAUUUUUAAUUUCACCAUGUUUUCAUAUUUCAAGCUCAAAAUACAAAGUGAGAGCAGGAAGUUUGAUGAAUGACUCUGAAGUCGUUUGUUUGGACCCAUAGAAUAACUCAGUGUGAUCAAUACGGGCCCUGUGCUUUUUGUUCUGUCUGAGCCACCGUACAAACAUCCUGGAGUGUGAACAUUCAUCCCUGAAGGGCUUUUCUCUUUAAAGAGGAACCAAAAACCUCCAAAGACCUGAAAACUUCUUUCUUCAUGUUGAGUCCCGGCGCUGGAGGAAGUACUGAGAUCCUUUACUGAAGGAAAAGUGCAAAUAUCACAGUCUGAAGAGACUCCAGCACAAGAACAGGUCCUGCGUUCAAAAUGUAACCUCACUCAAAGUAGGACUUAGGGACUGUUCUUAACUUAUCAGAGGGGGUCACUUCAUUUUAUUUUAUUAUUUUAUUUUGACCCUCUCUGAAGCUCCAAAUAUUUUUUCUUCACCCUCCCUGAGUGACUGGAGGACAAUCCAUGACUCCUGCACUAUGAAUGAGUUAUUAGAUUUUUAAAGCUUUGACGUUUGAAAGUUAAAAGAUAAAAUAGUGGAUUUGAAAAAGGCCUCAGUUUUUUACUUGCCAUGCAGACGGGUUAUUUUUGGCCAGAUUUUAAAUGAGACGCAGAAUAAAGUGAUUUUGGUAAAAAAAAAAAAAAAAAAAAAAAAAUUUAAAAAUCACUAUUUCAAAAUCAGAUUAUUUUUUUCUGGCAGAAGCGUUUGUCAGAUGUGAUGAGUCCAAGGACCGUUGGAAAUUUGAAAAUCCAAUGAUAGUUUCUGUUUCUAUAGUUUCUGGCUGAUAAAUGAAAAAUGAUUUUGGUGUUUUUUUUAAAAGAAAACAUGCCCUCCAAACUCGCGGUAAUUUUUUCUUUACCAGUACCAUAAAUACAAAAUACAACCUUUUGAAUUUGUAUGCCCCUCCCCCCAAACCGAAAUAAAACACCUAAGUCCCUCCCCAGUGCUUGAAUAAUGAUUUGACACGCUGCCCCCUCCUCCUUCACAUACACAAACAGUCCCUCAGUGAGAAAUUCAGAGCGUACAAGUUGACUGCACACGGUUCUCAACAUGGAGAUGGCUGAGCCAGCAGCUAGUAGCUAACGGUGCUAACUCCAUAAACAGCACUAAACAAACAACAACAGUGCCAACAGCUAACGGUGUUAACGAGGGGGGAACUGGAGGGUGGGCGCUACGUUUCCAUGAUGACACCGUCCUGAUGUCAGUCGUCACUGCCGUACGAGCGGAGUGCAGAGUAUUGAUUCUCUGCUGAUCAUGAGACUGCUGCAGGACUGGAGGUCUGUGAUGGCAACAGAGUCACACACGCAGUGACAGGGCUAACUGUUAGCAUCACACCGCUACCAUUAACAUGUCGGUCAUUAACUAUUUUUUCAAUUUUUAUUUGUUCCCACUAUUUAGGUGCAAAAAUAAAAACACCUGUAAACACACAUCAUCUUCUUUUAGAAAAGCUGCAGUAAAAAUCAGACGUUUCAGGUCGCAACAAUACCGCUGUUGUUUUUUUUACACAGAACCAAACAGCAGCGGCAUCACGUCGCUCCAGUGUGUGAUGUUGUCAGUAACAAUCAUUUAGUGUCCAUGUUAUAUGGCGGCUGAUCUCGUCUUCUGCUCGGAGGGUAAGGAGCUCCUGGACCUCACUGUUUGAGUUAGCUGCUAACUGCUGCUAGCUGCUUUUUAAAUCUCCUGUGGUGGGUCACACACAUAACAGGACAUCAAAACGUCACACCUGUCCCGUCCUGCCAGCUGUCCCUUUCACACCGACAUCAUUGCGGUGCUGUCACUGAUCGUACCUUUCAUACAGACAGGUGGAAUAAUGGCGUGAUAUUCCCACCUUGAACAGGCUGUGUAAAAGAGACGAGUGAUGUCGGUCUAAUGUAAUUUGUUACUUGAGGAGGUCGAUGUGCAGUUUAAAAAAAGAUUAGAUUAUAUUACUGUUAUUCACAGUUUGGAGCAGACGGUCUCGCUGAGGUCUGGAGUUUGGUUCCUCUUUAAAUAAUUUGGUAAAAGCAAGUCUUCUGUUACAGCUGGACGCAGUGUUCACCUGUUACCAGUUGCUCACCUGUCCUCAGGUGUUUAUAUCUUCUUGCCAAAUGGAAGUCACAGACAGUAGGUGUCAUGGUGGAGAGCAUGAACUCUGUAUAUUUGAUUUAAUUCUAUACUCUUGUGUAAAAACAUGAAUAUUUUGCUUCUAUUUAUCUCGGCUUCUGAGGGACAGUCGGGGGGCGGGGUUGAGGUGGGCGGGGCUAAACUGUACAUGGUGUUAGUUUUGUGUUUGCUGAGUGAACUCGUACCUUUUUUUAUUUGGAGGAUGACAUAUAAAGUGACAGCUGUUGUAUCUCUGCAUGUAUCAUUUACUUUCUGUUGAACAUAUCAGAUUAAAGGAGCAGAGACUCUGACAGCUGAUCUGAGUUCAGUCUGAUUCAACACUGAGGCCACACCCACUUCUCCCGUACGGGAAAGGUUACAAUCAGUCCUGGUUUCUGUUGUUGUUUCCUGUGGCGGACACAGAGCUGCUGUGACAUCACCUCAGUGUCCCCAGCUGUUUGAAGAUCACAUUUGAAAUAUAAACCCACAUUUAUCUCACAAACAGUGACACGUGUCAGUAAAGCGCCCCGUCAUCAGCGGGGAC